CCAUUCAUAAAGAGCCGUUCGUUCGCGAAUAAUCCAUCACUAGGAAGAAGAAAAUUAAUAUGGCAGCAGGUAGCUCCUGCACAAUAGUGGAAUAUUUCGGGGGAGAUGACGGCUACCGCUGUGGUUAUUGUAAAAAUGAGAAGGGGAACUUCUCUCAUGGGAUGUGGUCCCACGCCAUGACAGUACAAGACUACCAGGAUCUCAUAGACAGAGGAUGGAGACGAAGCGGGAAGUAUGUUUACAAGCCCAUCAUGAACAAGACCUGCUGUCCACAGUACACCAUCAGGUGUCACGCCUUGAACUUUCAGCCAUCUAAAACCCACAAGAAGAUCCUGAAGAAGAUGAGCAAGUUUCUGUCUAAAGGGGAGAUGCCAACAGAACAGGGCGAUGGGGAGCCCAUGGACUCGCUGUGUGAGGAGGGAGGACUGCACGGCCCUGCUAAAGUCUGUCACCCUGAGGUGGCGAGUCCUGUGGUCACAGCCAUUCUGACUGAGGAGGGAGACACCACACCAGUCGAGUUUGAAACCGCUAGAAAAGACCCAGUGUCUGUUCCAGACGGGAGAGGACCAGAAUCAACCCCCAAACCGGGGGUAGGAGCGGACCCCGGUAGGCCGUUGUGUAGGAAAGCCAAAGAACUGAGGAAGGCGCGCCGGCUGCAGAAGGAGCAGAAGAGACAGGAGGGGGGUGGAGUCCCGGCCUCUGUGACCUCUAACCCCGCUACGCCCGUCCAGCUCAACCAACCCAAAGCCCUGGAGGAGUUCAUCAACGAAUCUCUGCCCGAUAGUCCUCUGCACCACCUCGAGGUGAGGCUAGUGCCCGUCAAUGAUGAUGAUCCUCAGUUCAUGGCGACCUAUGAGCAGUCGGCAGCGCUGUACGCACGCUACCAGAUGGCCGUUCACGGCGACACCCCUUCCGAGUGUAACGAGAGUGAGUUCAGGAGAUUUCUCUGUGACUCACCACUUGAGAUGGAGAUGUCUCCAGAUGGUCCAGCGGCGGGCUACGGUUCCUUCCACCAACAGUACUGGCUGGACGGCCGCAUCGUGGCAGUGGGAGUAGUGGACGUCCUGCCCACCUGCGUGUCCUCUGUCUACCUGUACUACCACCCCGACUUCGCCUCUCUGUCGCUGGGCUCCUACUCUGCACUCAGGGAGGUUGCCUUCACCAGGCAGCUGCAGAAACAGUCCCCCAAGCUAUGCUUCUACUACCUGGGCUUCUACAUCCACUCCUGCAACAAGAUGCGAUACAAGGGGCAGUACCAGCCUUCAGACCUCCUGUGCCCAGAGACAUAUGUCUUUGUGCCCAUAGAACGCUGCAUCCCCAGCCUGGAGCAGACCCACUACGCACGCUUCAACCAGGACCCCGACGCAGGUGAUACACACGUACUGAAGGACCUGGGUCGUGCUCUGGUGCUGUACAGACGGACGGUCAUGCCCUACGCCGCCUACGCCCGCAAACGCAAGGGCUCCAACGACGAGAUGGAGGUGGCGCAGUACGCUGGCCUGGUGGGCCAGGUCUGCGCUGAGAGGAUCCUGCUAUACCGGGCGUAACCCACUGGGGGCGCCACCCUGCACCUUGAUCCGCUCAUGUGUCUCUGUCUAUCCCGCUGUCUUUGUAAGUGCUUUCCACUGCUUCACUCUACAAUAGCCUCACCAAGUUUAGCUCUACUACACCUAGGCCGAACCAACACAUUCAAGUAUGUACCUGCUUUCAGAAAGAAUUCACACCCCUUCACUUUUUUCACAUUUUGUUGUGUUACAGCCUGAAUUUUAAAUGGAUUAAAUUG